ACGUCAGUAUAGGAAGUCAUUGUAGAGCAACACCGGAGCGAUUAGCAGCAAAAAGGGGGAGCCUGAUGUCGAGGAGUCAGCCCCAUGUAUAUCUCUCUAUAUGCCUCAACUUUUAACAAAGUUCAAUAUCCAAACACAAAAAGGGACGAGGACUACGCAGGCUCACACUUAGCUUUUUCCCUAUUUUCACUGAAUGUAACUUAUGGGACCACAGAGGCCAGCCUGAGCCCUGCGAGCGUGGAUUUUCUUUUAUUUUUGGGCUCAUUUCAACCCGCAGUUUGUUUUUGUAUUUUUAUUUUUUGCAACUCGAAUUUAUUUUGCUGACUUUCCUCGUUGAUUUUUUUUUUUUGUUUUUUUUCCGUCGGUGGAAGAAGAAGCGCACUCCGCUGUUAUGAAGACCUCAUUCUCUCUUUCUUAACAUGGAAGCAUCCAGCGGGUCGAGUUUUGGGAUAGACACUAUUUUAUCCUGCAGUGCCUCGAACUCCGGCAACCCCGCGCUGAUGAGCGCAGAUUUCCGGCUGCAGGGCGACAGCAGGACAGCGGAUUUCAGGAGCCGGGCCACCCCGUCGCCGUCAUGCUCGGAGAUAGACACCGUGGGAACGGGGCCCUCGUCCCCCGUCUCGGUCAGCAUGGAGCACGGAUCCGGCGCCGAGGCGCACCUGGUGCAGGAGCAGCAUCAGCACCACCACCACCACCACAGCCAGCUGUCUCCCCAGCAGCAGCACCAGCAAGCCCAGCAGCCGGGGCCGCUGGCCGGGGCCGGCUGCGCUCCCAGGACCGCCACCUCCUCCUUCCUCAUCAAAGACAUUCUGGGCGACAGCAAACCGCUGGCCGCCUGCGCACCUUACAGCACCUCGGUGUCCUCGCCGCACCGACACACGCCCAAACCAGAAAGUGCCACGGCUCCCGACGUCUUCAGGCCCAAGUUGGAACAGGAUGAAAACAGAAGCAAGUUGGACAAAAGAGACGACAUUCAGAGCGACAUGAAAUGCAACGGGACUACAGAAGAGGGAGACCGGGAAAUCUCCAGCAGCAGAGACAGCCCACCGGUGCGCUCGAAAAAGCCCCGCAAAGCGCGGACAGCCUUCACAGACCACCAGCUCAACCAGCUGGAGAGGAGCUUUGAGCGACAGAAAUACCUCAGCGUGCAGGACCGCAUGGACCUGGCCGCGGCUCUCAACCUGACAGACACACAAGUCAAGACCUGGUACCAAAACAGACGGACGAAAUGGAAAAGGCAGACGGCGGUGGGACUGGAGCUGCUGGCUGAAGCAGGAAACUACUCGGCCUUACAGAGAAUGUUCCCGUCGCCCUACUUCUACCACCCGAGCCUGCUGGGCUCCGUGGACAGCACGACGGCGGCCGCGGCGGCCGCGGCCAUGUACAGCAGCAUGUACCGGACUCCCUCCACGCCGCACCCCGGCCUGCAGAGACCGCUGGUCCCCAGGGUGCUGAUCCACGGCCUGGGGCCGGGCGGCCAGCCGGCCCUCAACCCGCUGUCCGGGGCCAUGCCCGGCGCGCAGCACCCGCGGUGAGCCGCGCAAUUACGCAGCGGAACCAGGAGCCUGUUGAUGGGAGAAACUGCAGCGGAACCGCGUUACAGGACUUGUAUUCUCUCCCCCUAAACCACCACGACAGAGACAUUUUAAAAGACAUUUUGUAGAAAGCGCUAAAGGAGGUAUUUAAUAUAGGCCCGAACAGCCUAAGCUCAGCCCGACAGACUCUCCCCGAGCUCAGGCGGACCGCCAGGACUGCUCCAGUCUGAUUGUUUGUUUGUUUUUUGUACAAAUACACUUACAUUAGCAAAUAAACUUAUAAAGUUUAUUAGAAGGAGAAGAACUGAAUGAAUA